AUGCACGUCCACCGGCUCGGACAGGGCCCAGCCAAUGGUCCGAGGUCCACCAAACCCGAGGUUCUGGGCGCACACAACCGCCCCAUUGUCAUACCGUUCGACAACGAUACUGUAAGAGAUAUGGCUCUUUCGCAUAUACAACAAGCAAGAUUUCACUUCAGAGACGAGCGAAAUGUCAAGCUUGAUGUAACGCGGCUGAGCGAGGGCACAGCCACGAAAACGAGCUUUGUCUUAGACUCUCGCCUAGUGGAAUUUCUUAGGCUACCAACGUUGACCACCUGGAAUACCGCUCUUUCUAUGUGGCGCUACCCGUUCUCAGUCACCGACUUGGUGGCCAGAGAGAGCCGAACGAGUGGUCAACCAAUGCUGCAGCUGCCAAGCUCACAGUCAGUACCUGCGCCUGUGCUAUGGCCAAAGCAGACCAUUGUGACAGAGUGGCUCUUUCCUAGACAAAGUCUGAUGAAUGCCGUGAAUCUCGUGGUCGAAUCCCUUUUCGACAGCGGCAAAGUUGCUCGCAGGAAGCAAAAUGUUGAGGAAGAGAAGGUUUCUACACCGAAUAAUGGCUUCUUGACGUCGUUGGAUUUUCUCGAGGGACAUCUGGGAUAG